AUGACUGGAUCCACAUGUGACAUCAACACAUCAGAGUCAGAUACUGCAGUGUACUGGUGUGAGUCUGGAUCAGGAGAGUUCAGCAGUGCAGUCAACAUCACUGUACAGAAUGAUGGUGAUGGUCCUAUCCUGGUGAGUCCUGUUCAUCCUGUGACUGAGGGAGCUUCUGUUAGUCUGAGCUGCAGUUUGAGAACACAAAAAAUACUUUCCAAUGUGUUUUUCUAUCACAAUGACAAACUUAUUCAAAAUGAUCCCCGAGGGGAGCUGAAGAUCUCUGCAGUGUCAAAGUCUGAUGAAGGUUUCUACAAGUGUCAGUACUCAGGAAGAGAGUCAGCACAGAGCUGGAUGUCAGUUAAAGGAGCUGACAGCUCUUCAUCUCCUGUGUGGUUGAUGGGUGGACUGGUUUGUGGAGUCUCUCUCGUUAUUAUUCUCCUGCUCUUGUUGUAUCGCUGCAGACAGUCCAAGUGUUCCUGCUUCACCAGGUCGAUCCAGUCUGAGAGUCACAGUCCGGGCUCUUCCACAAAUCAUGGAGUCAACCAGGAUGAAACUCAUGAAUACAACUCUCUUCAUCCUGGUGCAGAUGAAGCGCGAGACGUCACAUACUCUCUUAUUAAACUUCAAAACUUUAGAAAGAAGAAGAAGCAUCAUAAACCAGAGCAGAGUGCUGUUUACUCUGAGGUGAAGACGGGAGCUGCAGAGGACAGUCUGAUGUAUGCUGAGGUCAAACAGCCCAAAAAAGAAAAAGCCAAGAAAAACAAAGGAACAUCAAGUCCUGCAGCUGAUGCAGCAGUUUAUUCUGAAGUCACAUCAGGAAGCUCUCUCAGUCAGUGAGGAGAGCUGUAGCAGCAAAGCCAAGAAGAAGCUUUUUAUGAAGCCACUCUUGCUCCUCUGCUGCCCAAAUAUCAGACAUGCUCAGCUUUAUGUACAGUUA